AUGAGCGCAGUGAAUAGAGAAUUGGAGGGUGCUCCUCUUCAUUCCGCCGCUACCGGAGGAUCUCCUAGUACUGAUGAUGUUGCUGAUAAAGAUGGUAAGCCUGGUGUUAUUGGAGCUGGAGAUGCUGGUGAAUCUGGUCUUAGUCAACCUGGUAGUAGAGUUACUGGUGAAGAAGAUGGUGCUAGUAGUGACGCUCUUGCUGGUAUACCUGGAACUGCUGGACAUACAGGACCAUCUGGUACUAUAGCUGGAGCUGAGAGAAAAGAGAAGGACGAAGAUAAAGGAAGAGAUACUGAUGAUGGUGGUUCUGUUUCUGGUCUACCUGAUGCUGAUCCUAGUGGUAGUGGUACUGAUGGAGAUCAAGCUAAAGGUACUCAACGGUCUGGUCAAGCUGCUAUUAUUGAUGAAACUGCCACUACUUUUCUUUUGGAUCAUUACCUAAGAUAA